AUGAACCAGAGAAAGAGAGUUAAAUGUGGGGAGUGUGGGAAGAACUUCAGUCAGAGGGGACACUUAAAUUUACAUCAAAGGACUCACACAGGGGAGAAACCAUUUAAAUGUAUGGAGUGCGGAAAGAGCUUCAGUCAGAAUGGACACCUUAAAAUACACCAACGGACUCACACGGGUAAAAAACCAUAUGAAUGUAUGGAGUGUGGAAAAAGCUUCCAUUUCAAUGCAUCCCUUAGAACACACCAACGGACUCACACAGGGGAAAAACCAUUUAAAUGUAUGGAGUGCGGAAAGAGCUUCAGUCAGAAUGGAAGCCUUAGAAGACACCAACGGACUCACACAGGGGAGAAACCAUAUAAAUGUAUGGAGUGUGGAAAGAGCUUUUGUGAUGAUGCACACCUUAGAAGGCAUCAACAGACUCACACAGGGGAGAAAACAUUUAAAUGUAUGGAGUGUGGAAAGAGCUUUCAUUAUAUUGGAAACCUUAGAACACAUCAACGGACUCACACAGGGGAGAAACCAUUUGAAUGUAUUGAGUGUGGAAAGAGCUUUAGUGAAGAUGGAACCCUUAGAAGACAUCAACGUAUUCACACAGACGAAAAACCAUUUAAAUGCAUGGAGUGCGGAAAGAGGUUUCGUGAUAAUUCAACCCUUAGAAGACAUCAACGUACUCACACAGACGAAAAACCAUUUAAAUGCAUGGAGUGCGGAAAUAGCUUUCGUGAUAAUACAACCCUUAGAUCACAUCAACGGACUCACACAGGGGAGAAACCAUUUAAAUGUAUGGAGUGCGGAAAGAACUUCAGUCAGAAUGGACACCUUAAAAUACACCAACGGACUCACACGGGUAAAAAACCAUAUGAAUGUAUGGAGUGUGGAAAAAGCUUCCAUUUCAAUGCAGAACUUAGAAGACACCAACGGACUCACACAGGGGAAAAACCAUUUAAAUGUAUGGAGUGCGGAAAGAGCUUCAGUCAGAAUGGACACCUUAGAACACACCAACGGACUCACACGGGUGAAAAACCAUAUGAAUGUAUGGAGUGUGGAAAAAGCUUCCAUUUCAAUGCAUCCCUUAGAACACACCAACGGACUCACACAGGGGGAAAACCAUAUAAAUGUAUGGAGUGUGGAAAGAGCUUCAGUCAGAGUGGAAACCUCAAUAGACAUCAACAGACUCACACAGGGGAGAAACCAUAUAAGUGUAUGGAGUGUGGAAAGAGCUUUUGUGAUGAUGCAUACCUUAGAAGGCAUCAACAGACUCACACAGGGGAGAAACCAUUUGAAUGUAUUGAGUGUGGAAAGAGCUUUAGUGAAGAUGGAACCCUUAGAAGACAUCAACGUAUUCACACAGACGAAAAACCAUUUAAAUGCAUGGAGUGCGGAAAUAGCUUUCGUGAUAAUUCAACCCUUAGAAGACAUCAACGUACUCACACAGACGAAAAACCAUUUAAAUGCAUGGAGUGCGGAAAUAGCUUUCGUGAUAAUACAACCCUUAGAUCACAUCAACGUAUUCACACAGAUGAGAAACCAUUUAAAUGUAUGGAGCAGUGUCAGAAUGACUGA